CUCGCGCGCUCUGCUCUCGGCUCUCCUUUUGCUCUCUUGGCGAUCUCGUCUUUCUGCGAAGGUCGGAGCUGCUCUCCGACGAAAGGAUAAAGCUUCGACCGAUCGUCGGCUGGGAGUGAGCGUCCUCUCCUCCGAUUUAGGGGAGAAUUUAGAUUCUUGUUGUGGUGAUCUCAUUCCUUUUCCUUUGCUUGAGGUUUCGUUUCGCUUCGCUGUCGAAAUUUUUUAGGGUUCAAGAUAUUGUUGAAUUUUGAUGAUUUGGUUUCGUUUUGGUUGAUAUACUUGACAAUUUCCGUGACCAAAAGUCAGAAAUUUUGUUGUUCUCGGGGUUCUUUUUGAUCAAUUCUUGGUUAUCGAUCGUCUGGGUUUUCAAGUUUCUUUUGGGAAGUUCGAUCUUUCUGGUUUUCUUGAUUGUCUCUCGUCACCUCGGCGUUUCUCGUUCUGGUUUCGAUUGGCAAGAUGGCUUCUUCUCGUUCCAGGCGUGUGGAGUACGACCGCUUCAUCCCGGUCCGAUCGGCGAUGGACAUGGACUUCGCGCGCUGUGCUCUAACCAUGCCUUCCAGACCUCAGCGUGAUGGUUCGAUAGAAUCCCCAUCGAGUGCAGCGUACCAAAAACUUCUUGUUCAAUGUAUUUUGAAGAACAGAUCUCGCAUUUUCGCAUUCAAGAGUGCACCCGAAUCACCGGCCGACAAGGUGUGCCAAUUUGACGAGGACAAUCGACCGCACAAGAAGCAACAGAGACGAAUCCCAAAAGAUCCAGAUAGGGUUUUGGCUGCUUAUGACAUCAUAGAUGAUGAUAGGUUGAAUCUCCUCGACUGGGGAAGCAAUAAUGUGUUGGCGAUUGGCCUCAAUGACACAGUGUACAUAUGGAAUGCUGCGAAUAAGUCUGGUACGAAGUUUUCACGAGCCUUAGAAAACAACAGCCCUGUCACUAGCAUCAGCUGGUCCCCAGACGGCAAAGUUCUCGCUGUCGCAUUUGGCAAUUCAGAUUUAGAUCUGGUUGAUGCAGCAACAGGACGUCUGUUGGUUGGGAUCCAAGGUGACAGCCACUCCUUUGUUUGUUCACUUGCCUGGAGAAGUAAUGCAAUCUUGACGACUGGGAAAUCCGAUGGUAGUGUUGUUGAUUAUGACAUUAGAAAAGAUGACCGGGCCAUCUGUGACUAUAAAGGGCAUCGACUUGAAGUUUGUAGUCUUAAAUGGUCCGAGUUGUUUGGGCGAUAUCUGGCAAGCGGAGGGAAGGACAAACUUGUGCACAUAUGGGACGCCCGCAUGGCUGUUGCAAAUCACCAUCCGUGCCAACAUCAAUUGCUUCACAAGAUCAACAACCACACUUCCACUGUGAGGGCCCUUGAUUGGUGCCCUACCAGGAGCAAUCUGCUGGCUUCUGGUGGAGGACGCAAUGAUCAUUGCAUUAAGUUUUGGAAUGCUGCUAAUGGUGUUUGCUUGAACUCAAUUGAUACCGGCUCUGAAGUUUGUGCGUUGUUGUGGGACAAGAACAAAUCUGAAUUGCUGACCUCCCAUGGGUUUCCAAACAAUCAACUCACCCUAUGGAAUUACACAUCCAUGACGAGAAAAGCUGAGCUUUUUGGUCAUUCAUCUCGUGUUCUUUACUUGGCUGGGAGCCCAUUGGGUGGUGUAGUAGCUUCUGCUGCAGAAGAUGAGACACUCAAGUUCUGGAAUGUCUUUGAGACUCCCAAACCACCAAAACCUAAAGCAAACACUAUGCCCUUUGCCCAAUUUAGUGUCAUAAGAUGAAACUGCUGAUGGUUGGAAAAGAUUACAAGAGUAAUACGGAAAACAUUUUUAGUGCUUGACAAGAAGAUCCAUUUUUGAUAGCAUUGCAUAAAGAAGUUCGUGGCAUCAAAGAGUAUUUUGAAUUAUGCUGUUGCAGUCAUCUAUCACGAGUUUCAUCAUCCACGUGCUGUAGUUUUAAUCUGCUACUUGGACAAAGAGACCUGGAGCAUUGAUGCUUCACUUAUUAGAAUUUGAGAAUCAGGGACAAAGAGACCCAGAGUAAAGAUGCUUCACUUAUAGAAUUUGAGAAUCAGGGGUGAGGAAGGGAGAAGAAGGAAGGAGGAAAGAGGAAGAAAAAUGGAGGUAGAAGGAUGCUAUGGUGGAAGAGGCGGAAAAGAAGAUGAGAACACUUGGCGGUGGUUGCAGAAAGAGCAAAACAGGCUUGUGAGGAGACACGAACCUCAGAAGGAGAACCAGUUCAAGUAAUUUUAAAAGAAAAAAUGAUUUGAUUUGGGUCUUUGAAAAGGGAAAACGGCCCUAGCAUUUUUGUAUAAAAAAGGAAAAAAAUCAUACCAUACAGCCUGAAAUGAGGCAGUCCACAUCUUAAAUCAUGCCCGGACAGUCAUUAUCAAUCAAACUGAUUAAAAUUUAAAUCUAUGGGUACAACACGAACAAGUAUACAAACAAAUAGUUGAAUAUUUUAAAACUGUACAAUAUACUGAUGCCAGCAAAUGACCACAUUGAUGUUGUCGUUAUACGUUGGUUACUUGAAUUAGUGCUUUCUAGAAUAGUAACAUGAAAAAAAAUAUUGAGAAAAAAUAAGUUGGAAUAUAUAAGAUAUCUUUUAUGACUUGAAAGAAAAAACACUUAUUUGAGGUAAAAUUACUAAUUAUUAUGUAUCCUGUUGAUGGCAUUCGCCACCAAGUUGGAAAAUAACCAAAUUUCUUUGAUCAUUAGAAAAAAAUAAUCGAUAAUUUUAUGAAGAAAUACUUAUAAUGAGUAAGAAGAAGCUGAUAAAAAAAUAUAAUAACACAAUACAA